CUCAAGGGACCGACGACAAUCGCUGCGUCCGAAGGGCCGCAAUCUAAAAAGACCAAUCAAUCUCGAAAUCAGUCUUUGCGUCAAAUGGAGCGGGAGCUGGUUGACGAUCGAAUGCAUUUGUCCGAUUCGAACGACAGCGACGAAAUAGUUCCGAUAGUUUCGCGGACCGGUCGACAAACGGCCGGACCGAACACCUACCCGAACAAUAAAAUGUCCAACAUCUACUCUGACUCGGACAGCACCGAUAAGGAUAAGACUGAUAACACGGCAAGUGACUCGCAGCAGCAUCCGUUCCGUACCAAAGCUGCCAUGAAGGAAUUCAACUUGGCAGAAGCCGAUCGACUGAAGCAAAAGUCGCUCUCGCCGGCCAAGUCGUCGAAGGCAUCGACAGCGGUUGUUGCGCCUGUUGCCACAAUCACCCCAGCAGCUCCUCCAACAAAGGCAGAAACUAAAAAGCUAGCCUCAGAACCUGUUGUGGCGCCAGCAACAUGUGGAAGCAGUACCAGCAGUGGUUACGCUUCUUCGAAUAAGCUUGCUAAAGAACCAGCAGCGACGACAGGUAGUGGAAGGAGAAAGCAGGACAAGGACACCGCAACCAACAAACAGCAGAGCAAACGAGAAUUCAUGGCUGACUUUCUUGUGGUGCCUCAACGUGAGGCUGCCAAGAAGGCAUCUGAGAAUAUGAUGAAGACGAACCUAGUUCCACCAGUGCAAUCAACCUCGCAGGCGCAACCGGCCGCUAGUGGAAGUCAACCACCAGCAGCUACCACCGCAAUCAGUAAUAGGAAAGAUCUGAAGGAAAGUCGAGAGCCUGCCCCUAUUAUUAGCAGUAGCAGCAGUAGCAGUUCCAGCAGUAGUAGUAGCAGCAGCAGUGGAAGUACAAGUUCCGUUGGAAGCAAUAGCAGCAGCAGUAGUAGUAGCAGCAGUAGCAGCAGCAGUAGCAGCGGCAUAAGUACCGGAAGCGGGACGAAAGAUGCCGAAAAUAAGUCUUUCGCAAAAGCUGUCAAAGAAAGUACAUCGGAAGCACCCCAGAAAGCAACGGCUACUGCCAAACGCAGCAAUAGUAAGGCUGCAAAACAGAUCCAAUCCGCUGCAGCAGUGGAAACAACACCCAAAGUCGCUGCCGACAAGGAUCGACCUGUGGAAAAGGAUGGCAAACGAGAGAAAUUGCCUGCAAAAGAACGUGUGGUACAGAAAGAAAAAGAACCAGAGGAACCGGAAAAGGACAAAUCGGCCAUCGAAAAAGCACGAGAUCUCGCCAAGGAAGCGUCACUGUUGGAAACGUUGGCAUAUGUGCCGCAGAGGCAGGCAGCGAAAAAAGCCGCUGCACUGAUAUGCGACAAGAAGAAAACCGCCGAAGCGAACGCAGGCCAACCAACAGUUGCGCAACCCCCAACCACCCCAGAGGAACGCCCAAACAAAGCGGCGGCAAAAGCGCCAGUGUCGACUGCCGCCAGUCGGAAGGAAGAAAAGAAAGCUUCCACUCCUUCCAGCAGUUCCAGCUCGGAAACCAGUUCGUCGUCGUGCUCAAGUUCAAGCAGCUCGGAUUCGGAUAGCGACGAAGAGGAGGAAGAAUCAGUCAGCAAGAAGACACCGGCAGCUCCCUCAGUGCCCACGAAGGCCGCUGUCAAGGGUGCACCGGCGUCACUUGCAGGCAAAGCGACAGCCACGGCUGCCGCGAAGAAGACAGACCGCCAGAUGCCCUUUCUUGACAAGAGUAAAUCUUCCGAGUCUGGUUCCAGUUCUUCCUCGUCUGACAGUGAUUCCGACUCCAGCAGCAGUCAAAGUGAUGACUCGACGCGAUUACAAACAAAAGAAAAUCGAAGAAAAUCAGUAUCAACAAAGCGAGAAGCUAGUCCUAAGAAACAAGUCGGUCGAAAGGAAGCCGAGCCCGGAAAGAAAGGUGCAUCAUCCACUCCCGCCGUUCCCGCAGCAGCACCUGGAAGCAAAUCGACUACAGCCACACGUGCAACUGAUAAGGCUUCAGCAGCCGCUAAAAGAGAACAAUCACCACCAUCACUUCCGACCAAACCUUCAGCUGCUUCAACAGCAGCAAAGUCGCAGCCGAGCAAGACUUCACCCGUACCAGUCGAACCUCAGCCGCCAAAUAGCAGCAGCACUGAGGCCGCAAAGUCUACCCCACCCGCAAAGGAUAAAGUGUCUAACGAUCGCACCCGAGCUGCUGACCUGCUCAAAUCGGGAGAUCAUCCUAAGGGGGGUGCCGCUGGUGGCAAGAUGAUCCCCAACCGACGCAACUCUUGCCUCGUCACGCCAAACGAGAUCAAGCCUCCCCCGCCAGCAGUGGAAGCCCUCGCCACCAAACCAGCGUCCAUCCGGGGACGAAGAAAGUCCGUCUUCGUGGACUUUGAGUGGGAAAAGAAGGAGAAGGAACGUCUAGCAGCCGAGGCCGAAAAGACGAUAAAGGAGGCACAGCAAAAGAAGAAGGCUGCAGAAGAGAAGCGAAUAGCGGCGGAGAAAGCAGCAGAACAGAAACGAUUAGAAGAAGAGAAACGGUUGGCAGAAGAGAAACGACUGGCAGAAGAGAAGCGAUUGGCGGAAGAGAAACGAUUGGCUGAAGAGAAACGACUUGCAGAAGAGAAGCGAUUGGCGGAAGAGAGGCGACUUGCAGAAGAAAAGCGGUUGGCUGAAGAGAAGCGGAUAGCAGAAGAAAAACGAUUAGCUGAAGAGAAACGGCUGGCCGAAGAGAAGCGAUUGGCGGAAGAGAAACGGCUGGCAGAAGAGAAACGAUUGGCUGAAGAGAAGCGACUUGCAGAGGAAAGGCGACUUGCAGAAGAAAAGAGACUUGCGGAAGAAAAGCGACUGGCGGAAGAGUUGCGAUUAGCAGAAGAGAUGCGAGUAGCUGAGGAGAAGCGACUGGCUGAAGAGAAGCGCUUGGCAGCUGAGAAAGAGGCAGAAGAGAAGCGAUUAGCAGCAGAGAAGGCAGCGGAAGAGAAACGUUUGGCAGCAGAAAAACUUGCAGAAGAGAAAAGAUUGGCUGCCGAGAAAAAGGCGGAAGAAAAACGAUUGGCAGCCGAGAAAAAAGCAGAAGAAAAGCGAUUGGCUGCUGCUGCUAAGAAAGCUGCUGAAUUGCAAGAAGCUGAAGAAAGGCGUGUUGCAGCUGCUGCUGCAAAGGCUGCGCUCCUUGAGAAACUUAUGGCAGAGGAAGCUAUGGCGGCACAGCAGAAAUCUAGUCGGAAAGAAUCGGAAACAGGUGUGCUGGUAGAAACUGAUAGGCGGAAACGCGAUAGAAGUGGCAGCCGUGGUCGACCUGCUUCAAAUGCUCGCAGGGAGAAGGACGAUAUAAUACUCAUUGAUGAUUCUUCGUCACGCAGCAGUAGUGGCAAGAAAGAAGAGGAGGCAAUGUCACGGGAAAGGAUAAUGAAACACAUGGGCGAACUAUUUGAUGAGGCCAAACCCUCUGCUGUAACACUAGACGUUGCAACCGUUAAAGAUAACAAAAGCGAUCAAUACUCAAAGAGUCCUAUUAUUAGUGACGUAAUUAAAUUUAAUGCAAAUCUAAAUGAAUUGUCUAGUAAAAAGGAUAUUAUUGAACCAUUCGGAGAAACCAAAUUUGAAGAUAAAACGACAAAAACGAAAGAAGAGGUUCGAUCGGUUAGUCCAGCGAAGGACAAGUCUAAGGUUCGGCUGGCCGACAGUAAAAAAGACAUCGAGAUUAUUUCGCUGGUUGAUGAUUCACGGUCUAACGAUGGUCGUGAUGUAGUAAUCGUGGAAGAUGGUUCAAACGAUACAGCCGCCAAGAUCGAGAAGGUCGGCGAAAGCAUCAAAGUUCAAAAGGAUAAAAGUGCUUUGGCUGAUCAAUCGGUGAUGCCCGUGGACAUUCCUCCAGUCCCUAUCAACACGAUCGCAUCGUCCGUUGAGGAGAAGAAACAGUUUGAACUGGAGUCCUUGGCAAUGGCCGCUAUACCACAGGAGGCAACUGCUGUACCUGUUACGAGUGCAUCGUUCCAGCAGCCUUCCAGCAUGGAAAACAUUCCAACUACCGCCAACAGUAUGAGCAACGUUAUGAACAAUUUCGUUAGUAGUAGUAGUAAUAAUAACAAUAGCAAUAAUUCGGCUUCCAACAAGGAUGCUGGAUUAAACACAACCGGAGGAGGUUUGUGUCCGUCGAUAUUCGACUUGCUGUUGCCAACGGAAGGAGAAUCGGUAACAGAUGAUACGUUCGGUUUAAAUCCACCGUUGAACUUCCCCUUCAUGGAGGAUUGUAAGGAGGAUACUCAGCGUGAAACUUUGAAUCUGGUUGAGAAGUUAAGGCAGAAGUACAAGAAAGGAUCGAGCAGCGGUCAGGAAGGUAAGCAUGACGAUGCAAAAGAUCGAUCGGACAUUAUCUCUCUGGAUGAUGAUGCUAAACUGUUCGAUACUGGCAAUCAACAUGCCGGGCUCGAUUUCAACACAACCGGUAAAGACAUUCCUGCAAUUGCACAAGCGCUUGAGAAGAGCAAACCAUUAUCCAGCAACGACAUGGAGUACUUCAACAAGUUCAACACUAGCGAAGAUGUGGAGAAUUCGCUACAUCACAGUAAAAAGAACCUCAAAGACGAUCAUCUUGACCAUCUUACAAGCAGACCAUCCGACGAACGGUGGGUACCCCCGUCAAUGUUACAGGAUCACAAUCAACAACGGCAUCAUCAGCAACAACCUCCAACUACAAUGAACGAUAAUCGUACGAUGCAUCAACAGCAGCCUCCGAGUUGCAUGGAAGCGGCGGCGGCCUUGCUCAACAGUCAAGCUUCCUCUGGCAAUCAGAAGCAUCUAAGCUCUCAAGUGUCCGGACUAUUUGAUGCUAUGGUACAACAGCAGACCAAUCAUCACCAACACGGUCAACUCGACGACAUCAAUCACCUGCACGGGUUGGACUUUAUGCAGACUAUCAAAGGUGUUGCGAAUCAGAACGAAACUACCUCACUAAUAUUCGAUCUUCAGCAACAAGCCCAACAGCAGCAGCAGCAGCAACAACAACAACCACAACAUCCUCAACGUCGGUGGAAUGACUUGGUACCAAACCAGAAGAAGCACGAAUGUUCUGUUAUGCAGGAGAAGGAAAACAUGCUUCUUAAGCAACAGCAACAACAGCACCAUGACCUUAAUGCGAACAAUCAUCGAAACAAGCUCAACGAUCUCAACAACUUCAUGGACAUUCAAAAUCAACUGUCACAAGGUCAACCCCAACAGCAGCAACAACAACAACAACAGCCAAACAACACCAUCAACCCGUUGGAGCAGUUCAACUUCAAUGAAACCACACAGUAUCCAGGUGCGGUGGCGCUAUUUCCCCCGGCCAAUGUACAAGUUCCUUUUCCGUCUCCCGGGACGGCCAUGUUCCCACCAAAUUAUGCUUCCAAUUUCCAAUCCGGGAAACAACAGCAACAACCUCAUCAUCCAAUGCUGCCAACGGCAGCUGCUGGUGGCCAACCGCAGCAGCAGCAGCAACAAUCGCAGAAUGCUCCUCAACAGCCGCAACAAUCGCAGUCUGUACUUGGUGGUGGUGGUAAACCAGACGACAUGGUAGUGCCGAAUAGUUUGUGUGGCGCCACCUUCACGUCAACGUCACACAACAUCGCCCUAACGGAGGCGAUAGUGUCGCCACCUACACCUCAACAGCAGAAACAACCAAUGACUCCACAGAUGGCGGCAGCGUCUCCACUGGCAAACAUGGUUUCUCCUGCCAAUCAACAACAGCAACCAACACCGGAGCAUAAUUUCAUGAUGAAUCAUUCGCCAGGCAUGAUGGGACCACACACUCCGCAAAUGCAACAGCAACGAACACCCCAGCAGGAUAGUUCCGGUAUGCUGCAAUCCAUGGACCAGAGUGCUUCUAAGAAGUCGCCUACAAAAUCUUCACGGUCUUCCUCUCGGAUACAGCAAAAUCAAGUCCACGAAGCGACGGCCCUUGGGCACAUGAAGUCACCGGCCAACAUCAGUCCCGGAAAAAGUCCGAAAACUCUCGAUCCGAAGCAGCAGCAAUCGCAGCUGUCGCAGCCAUCCUCAGUGGUUGGUGGGAAGCUUAUCGGAAAGCCCGAAGGCAGUGCUAAGCGAGGUCCGCGUGGCCCAAGAACCAACAGCCAAAGUCAACGGGGCGGUGCUGCUGCCAAAGGUAAAAACGGUCGACAGUCUCGUGGUGGUCGACAACAGAUCUCCUUCAUUCCUCAGUUACCUCAUAACGACUACGAUUUUGUAGGAGGUACCAUACACAACAAGCUCAUCGGAACCGUCUACGAUCCGGACUUUGAUGACGAUCUUGCAUGCAACAGCAUGGAGAAGCUUCGUGAUAUGCGCGACCGCCGUCGAUCAAUCGAUUGUCGCAUGCAGGAUUCGUAUCGAGCAUCGCGUGAACCGUCCAAAUCGCCUAAAUUUCCAAAUCUCAAUCUGUAUUCGUCUCAGAACACUACCCUUGGCGGUAGUAACAAACAGAACCGAUCAUCGUUCACUCCGACAUCUAUGCAGUCGAGUUUGGGUUCCGGAAUGGUUCCGGGUGCGGAUAUCAGCGUAACGCAACCGAGUGUCUCAACGCGGCUUCAGGAUAUGGUUCAAACCGUACUACCCGGACCGGUGGAUAUGCGAACGUACAACAGUGGGUUCGACUCUUCGGCGGCCAAUACGGACGCGUUCAACAAUCAUUUGCUAGGAGCUUUCGCCAGUGGAACGGCCGAUCAAACGCUAGUCGACAUCGAUGAAGACAUGGAAAAUGAACUGCAGUCGGCGUUGAAGGCCAGCAAUAACAAAGUGGACAAAACGCUGGCUUCUGCAGCGGUGACCCUGUCGGCGGUAUCGACCGAAUCUUCGAGUACGACGACAACCCUGACUAAUUCAGCAGCUGCUGCUCCGGCAGCAGUAUUGACGGUGGGAUCCAGCUUGGUGGAACCCGUUGAACUGCCUCAGGAAGAGACGAAUGAUUCGGAUAGCAUCAUAACGACGAAGGUGUCACUGUCCGACUCCAGGAACAUCAUGAAGUUGAAGAUCAAGGGACCACUAGCGCAAAUGGAUAAUAGUUCAUCCUCAUCGACGGCAACGCUACAGCAGUCCAGUGUAAUGGAUCCUAGCUUGGCGGCACCCAUUAUGUCGACUCCCAUGAUCGGCGCCGGUGUCGGAUCAUCGAACUUGCGGCGAAUGCGAAAGAAGGAACUGCUACGACAGUACUGGACCCAGGACAUGAAUCACGACGAUCAAACCGGUCUGCAAGCCGUAGACCAGAUUCCGACAUUGUCUUUAACAACGUCAAUCAGCAGGACUGUUGGCAUACCGAAGGCAGUGGAUUCCUUGUGUUCGAUCCCCACAAAGGACGACUACAAGGACUACGGCGGAGUAGACUUCAAGAAGCGGAAGAAGCUCUCGUCCAAUAUGUCGCGAGAACUGCGUGGCCUAGUACCUACGGAGCAUGAAAUCAUGGAAAGGCGAAGAAGCGUCGGAUCAACGGGAAGCAACGGAUCGAACAGCAAUCUGGCCGCAGAUGUUUCACCGGUGGUGAAACGAAGAUCCAGAACCAACCGAACCAGCACAGUGGUGACAGCUGUGAAUCAGCCGCAGGCGGCUCCAAAACUAAAAAUCAAAAUCGGUUCGGACGUAGUGGAAGCUUCCGGAUACAGUGAUCGCAUUCGACCACCCAAGAAGCGGCUGGCUUCCACCUUGCCUCCGCCCAGUUUGGAGGAUCUUCGUCGCGAUGCGAUGAUGUAUGCCGAGCAAAUGAUGUUCGAUGAUGAGGAUGAGGGCCGGAAGUCCAAAAAGCACAAAAACAAAGACAAAGAACGCGACCGAGAGCACAAAAAGCGCAAAAAGGAAAAGAAGCACAAGAAGGAAAAGGGCGAAAAGGUGGACAAGGUAGAAAUCAUCAACAAAUCGGAUGACGCUCCGCGGAUUGUGAUACGAUUGGGAGUGAAGAAACCGCCGGUAGCGGAUGAACUGAUGAAUGCUACGAUACCGGACCCAACCCGGGGUGGACUUAACUCUCCGGAGGUAGAUCCACUGGCACUGGAUCCGCCAGAGCUGGAUAACGAGAACAGCAACUCUAGCGGUAGUGGCAUCACCAAGCCGCUGAUUACACCGAUCCGGCUUAAACUCGCGCGGAAUUCUGUCGGUGGAGGAUACGUCAUGUCAUCGAAGAACAAGGAUUCGUCGGAUAAGGCAGCCGUGUCGGCAUGUGAAGAAACCAAAACCCUUAACAUCGUGGUUCCGAAGUUGGACAUUCCGAUGAGCAAGGAAAUGAUCGACUUGUGUGCUACCAAUGUGCCGAGUGCAACAAAACCUAGUUCAGAUACAACUUCGGCCUCCACCGAAAAACCCUCUUUGUCUAGGACGGCCUCUCCUUCAGUGUCUGACCCAGGGGCAUCAGUCGACAACAGGUUGUCCGAUUUGAACAAAUCCCUCGGAAUGGACCUCGGUGCAAUGUCUUCGUCAUAUUCCUCUUCCACAUCGUCUACCGCCGCCGCCACCAUGUCUUUCAACAAUUGUCUUGCUACUAGUGCUAGUGGAACGGCUACCGUUGGUGCGUUCAGUUCUUUUGGGCCAUCAGCGCCGUUGGUAGGCCAGCAAUCGCAACAACCGCAGUCAUCGCAGCAAUCGCAACAACAUAGUGAACUCAACGCCACCGGUGGUGGUAAGGACUGCGAAGUUAGAUGACGGUUAGUGUAAAUAUGUUCGUGUAAAUGUUUCAUUGUUGUGCUUGUCGCGUCAUCCCAGUCACACACACACAGUCAUCAAGUCAAAAAUUGUGAAUAGUUUGUUUUUUUUUGUUUUGUCUCACUGUUGGUACUAUAUAUAUAAUUGAGAAUAUUUUGUUUUACCGCGUAUUGGUCGUGUAUAGGUAUAUAGUUGUCUUUGAAAGAGACGUCCAGCGAAAAAAAAGAAGAACGGCUUAACAAAAAAGAAAAUGUGAAAAGGGAAAUAUUUUCCCGACCCCCGAUCACUUUAAAGUGUAUUUUUCAUAGCUUUUCGAACACACAUCUACUUCCUGUUUUCUGUGAGAGAGAUGAUGGUACAUAAAGUUUAUUCUGUUUUAGAAGUUUAUUAUUAUUAUUUUUGUAUAGGCUAUAGGAGAAACCAUUUGUUCAAAUGCAAACACAACUUAACCGGUUAAGGAACACAUGCAAUAGCAAAAGCUAAACACACACACAAACUCUCAGUCCUUUCAAACAAUAGGCGCAUCGGAGUUGUUUCAUGUUUUCGAUCAUUGUUUUGGAUUAAGUGGUAUUUAUGGUUCUCUAUAGGGAUGCAUAUUUAGAUUCCUAAUUAAAGGUGUUUAAAAAAAUGUGUAAAUUAAUUAGGCCACCCUAAGGUUCAUUUAAAUUUGCCUAUAGUUCAACUAAAUUUAUACCCUAAUUGCCUCCAUAGUCCAUAUUAUCCAAUUGAGCUAUACAGGAAUCCUGUAUAAAUUCUUUCCAGUAUUUCUUUCACAAGUUUUCUCGCUAUUACUCCAAGAGUUUAUCGCAGAAUUUUUCCCGGACUUCGUUCUGCGUUUCAUCCAAAGAAAUAUUAGUGGAAUUUUCCCAGGAUUUGACUCGGGAUUUCUACAGGAGUUUCUCUUAGGAUAUUUUUUAGAUGUCGUCACGGAAUUUCUCUCAAGUUUUGUAUUGAAUAUUUUUCCACGAUUCCUUCCGGAACAGAUUUCCCAUAAAGUUCUUUUAGAUAUAUCUUCCAGAUUUUCUAUACGUAUUAUUUUAUUUAUUUGGAAUUUCUGCUACAGUUCUCCAAGGUUUUUUUUUAGGAUUUUUUGUUGACUUUUCUGCAGGAAUUCCUCCAGAGGUUGUUUCUGUAUUGCUCUCGGAGUUUUUCACGGAAUUUGUUCCGAAAUUUCGAAUGUAAUUCCUUUAAGAACUUCCCGUAAGAUUUCUUCUAUAGUUUCUACAGGAGCUUCACCCGGGAUAUUUCUGAAAGUUCUCGCGGAAUUGCUCUUGAAGUUUCCCCGGAGAUAUCUUUCAAAUUUUCCACCGGGAGUUAUCUUAGAAGAUUCUUUCCAUUGUUGCUCCUGGGAUGCCUCUCCGAGUUUUUGAUAAUUCAUCCUGGAUUUCCUCCGGAGUUUCUUCUGGAGUUCCUUUUUGAAAAUUUGCAGGAGCUUUUGCUGAUAUGUUUUAUAGAGUUCUUCCUGUAAUUUCUUUCAGAGGGGUUUCAAAGGUUUUAUUCUAAGUUUCCAGGAUGCAGUGAUUCACCUCAGAUUCAUUUAGAGAAUUUCCAUAAAUUACACUAACAGUUGCUUCCGGAGUUUGUACAGGGACUUCUCUUAAAAGACUCCAUCCGGUGUUGCUUUCGGGUUUUCUUUUAGAAUUCUUAGGAUUUAUCCUAGAUUUCCUCCCAAGAUUUUUUCCGGGAUUUCUUCAGGAGUUCCGUUUGGGAUACUACGAGAGCCUUUACUGAUAUAUGUAAUACAGUUCCUCCCGCAAUUUCUUUCAUGAGUUUUUUUCGGGAUACUCUCUGGGACAACCUACGAAAUUCCUGGAGAAAUGUCGGAACACAUCCAGGAGAAAACUAGCGAAAAACUCCGACAAAACCUAUUUAGACAUCUCGAGAAGAACUUCGGAAGUAAUCCUGAACACUAAUACAUUUCGGAAAAAUGUUCUGGGAGUAAUUCCGGAACGAAAUAUUAGGGAAAUUCCAGAAGACAAAUCGCGGAAUCUCUAGAAGAACUUCUGCAGGAAUCACGCAAAAACCCUGAUAGAAACAUUUGAAAAGCCAUUCCGGAAAAGCACUAGGAGAAAUUCCCGAAGCAUCCUUAAAUACAUUUUUGGAGGAUCCUCAAACUUUUGGGAAGCACUCCGAUAGAAAUCCCGAAAGAAACACCGGAAAAAUCACGGAAGGAACUUUGGGAGCAAAUCCGGGGAAAAAACUUCUGGAUUGAAUCGUGGAAGAAACUUCUGAAUAAAUUCAGUAAAAAAAUGUUUGCCUAAUACUUAGUUCAAUUAAUAACCCAAGAAACCCAAGAGGAAUCGCUGGUCGAAUUCUGUGAGAAGCUUCGAAAGCGGUAGAGAUCCAAGGAAGAGUCCCGGGAGCAAUUCAAGGAAAACUCUCGUGUACACACAAAAUUUUUUGAAAUGCUUCCAGCACAAAAAAAAACAGCAAAACAAAUUGCUGAAUUUCAGCAACAUUUUUGCUGAAUUUCAGCACAACGUUGCUGAUCAACUGUCAAAAUUGCUGGAUGGUUCAGCAAGUUGAAAAAUAAUUGGAAUUAAUCCAGGAAUUCGAUUUCAGGAAAAACCUCGACCUAGAAGAUACUGCCGAAGGAUUUGUAAUAGAUUUUUAAACGCUUCAGAAGGAACUGCUGGAGAUAUCUUAAAUAUAACUCCUGCACUGCCGUUCUACGCUCGAUUUUCCCAUGUUAUAUGGGAUUCCCAUAUGGGACAAUCGGGCGUAGAACGGCAGUGCAGGAUUUAGACAAAAACUUCAAGAGCGUUCAAUAAGGGAGAUCCUGUAGGAUUCAGACAAGAAACUUGUGGCAAAGUUCCUAAAGGAACUUCUGAAGAAUUUUCACAAGGAGCUCCUGGAUGAAAUCCAGAAAAAACUUCUCGAGGAUUCCCAGAAAAACCUCCUGCAAAAUGUCCAGAAUGAGCUCCAAUAGGAUUUUCAAAAAGAGUUCCGGAAAGAUUUCCAGCAGAAACUCCUGAAAGAUUUCCAGCAGAAACUCCUGAAAGAUUCCUAGGACAAAGCCUUGAAGGAUUCCCCACAAAAAAGCUGGAGAAUUCUAAGUAGGAACUUCUGUAGGAUUUCCAGAAGACAUUCUUGGAAGAUCCCUAGACGAAAUCCUGGAAAGAUUUCCAGUGGGAAUUCUUGGAUGAAGUUUUCUAGGAACUCCGAGUAGGAAACUCUGGAACUUCUGGAUGAAUUUCAGAAGAAUUUCUGGAGCAAUUUUAGAAAAAAAAAACAAAAAGUUUCCUCAAAUGCUUCUGAAGAAACCCCCAGAGGAAUCGCUUGAGGAAUUUCAGAAGAUCUGGGUAAAUCUAACAAGAAUGAAUUUCAAUCCCCGUAGAAACUGCAGGAGAAGUUUGAAAUGUUAUUUCUCUAAAGAACUUCAAAAUAAUUCUCCUGGAUCUCCUGGAAGAAUCAAAAGUAGGGUAGAAAUAUACUUCGUCAUAUGCGCUAAUUCCCGUCAUAUUAGACGGAAAAUAGGCAAUAAUUACAGAUAUUCCGACUUACAUUUGCCAAUGGCUUAUCAGAUGGGAGCAAAAAGAUGUAGACUAUCAAUAACCAGCCCCUAUAGCACUGGAAAUCGAAUAAUUCGGCAAAAUUUCACGUUUCAAUUUCACAUCACUCACGAGUUGACAUUUUUACUCGUUUUACAAAACUUCUCCAUCCCCGUUCACCUUCCCAGUAGUCACGAAUGGCGAAAGAAAGUUCUGUAGAAUUUCCAGUAGGAACUUCUGCAGAAUUUCCAGAAGACACAUAGGGAAUUUUCCCAGAAUAAUUCCUAAAAGGAUUCCCAGUGGGAAUUCUUGGAGGAUUUACAGAAUGAAGUAUUCUUUGAAGAAACCAUCGGAGGAUACCCAGUAGGAAACUCUGGAGGAACCACGAAAGAAACUUCUGGAGGAAUCUCAGGAGAAUGUCUUUCAGGAAAAAAAAACUUUAAAUUUCCUUAGGUUAUACUUCAAAAACCCUAGAGGAACUGUUUGAGGAUGCUCCCGUAAAUUUCAGCUGGAGAUUCCCUCAUGAAUUUCUUUUGGAGGUUCUUCCAGGAGUUCCUGCUGGGAUCCUUCCAGAAACGCUUUCGGAGAAUUUCAGUAUGGGUUCCUAAUGCUGAUUCCCUUAUAAAGUCCUUCUGGGGAUUACUCUAGAAAUUCCAUCUGAGGAUUACUUCAGGAUUUUUUUCUGGGGAUUCUUCCAUGAUCCUUUAUCGAUUCAUUCUACGAAAUUCUCCAACAAUUCCUUCAGAAGCUGCUUUUGGGACUCCAACAAUAUUUUAGUCUGGGAGUAUUCCGAAAAUUCCUUCUAGGAAUUAAUCCAGGAAUUCGAUGUACGGGAAAACCUCUCACCAAAAAUAUACUCCUGGAGGGUUUCUAAAAAACUACUGGAAGAUUCCCAUAAGAAACAAGAGAACAAAAAUCAGAAGGAACUGCUGAAGCAAUUUCAAAAAGAGCUCUUUCAGGAUUCAGACAACAACUUCUAGAUCGCUCCGGUUUCUGAGGAACUUCUGAAGAAUUCUCACAAGGAGCUCCUGGAAGAUUUUCAAAAGAAACUUCUAUAGGAUACCCAGAAAAGCCCCCUGCAAAGUAUCCAGAAUGGAUCCCAAAAUGAUUUCCAGCAAGAGUUCAGCAGAAACUCCUGAAAGAUUCCCAGAACAAAUCCUUGAAGGAUUCUCAGAAGAAAGUUCUGGAGAGUUCCCAGUAGGAACUUCUGCAGAAUUCCCGAAAGUCACUUAAGAUUCUCAGAAGAAAUCCUGGAAGGAUUUGCAGAAUGAAGUAUUAACUCCAAGAAGUAUUAAGUAUUGAAGGAACUCUUGGAGGAUACCCAUUAGGAAACUCUGGAGGAACCCCAAAAUGAACUUCUGGAGGAAUCUCAGAAGUAUGUCUGGAUUAAUUCCAGAAAAAAAGCAUAACAUUGCCUUAGGUACCUCUAAAGAAAACUCUAGAGGAAAUGCUUGAAGAAUUUCUGAAGGAACAUCUGAGUGAAUUUAACAAGAAUGAAUUCCAAUCCCCGUAGAAACUGCAGAAGUAUAAAAAGCGAUUUCCUUAAGGAACUUCUGGAUGAUUUACAGAUGGAACUUCUGAAGGAUUCCUCGAAAAUUUCCAGAAAGAACUCCCAAGAGAAUUCCCAGUGGAGGAUUUACAGAAGAAACUUCUGGAAGAUUCCCAACUAGAAACUCCUGGAGGAUUCCUAAAAUGAAGGAUUAUUAGAAGGAACAUUUCAUUUUUAAAUUCCUCAUAGAGUUUCUACAAGGAUUCCUUCAGGAUGUCCCACCCAGGGUUUUUUUUUAUCAGAAGUAAGGUAGACAUCUACUUCGUCAUAUGCGCUAAUUCCCGUCAUAUCAAACGGACAAUUUCUUGACAAACUUCCCAAAUUUGAGAGUUUCUGCUUUCUCAGUUGCUCCGGAACAUCAAACUCUUGCUGAGCGGCGAGGAAGAGUAGCCCCGGAAGUUUGCCUUGACACAUAAUGAGACAAUGAGACUUCAAUGAUGAGAGAGUUGAAAAUCAAUUCGCGACGUUGUUGGGUAACGCCAUUUUUUCAUUUUUCGAAAAACUGACAGCGAUAAAGAACAGUGGAAACACUCUAAAACUACUUCUACCUAAAUUUUCAAGAAAAAAAUACUCAAUAAGUAUUUUUUUUUUCGAUUCGUGCUUUGGCAAAUGCUGUUCAAAUGAAUUAACAAUCUCAUUGCAACAAAUCUAAUGUUACAUCCUGGCAAUCAGGCACAGCCCGACAAUCCGUACUUUUUCGGAAACAUGAAUAAACUCUGAUCAACACACAUACAGCUGUACAUAGUCAAUCAGGAGAAUUUUAAUUGUAGCAUAACCACAAGAAACAAAAUAUUUAAACCACAAAAAUAGGAGUAGAAAACUUUAAAGUUUAAUAAAACAAACUUAGUUAAACAAAUAACAAUAUACAACAAAAAAGCAAAAUGAAACAAAAAAAAACAAAAAUCGAAAGUCUAAAACUGGCAUGCAAAACAAAAACCCGUAUCCCAAUAGCAAAGGAAAAUAGAAAACAGCAAAAACCGUUUCAAAUUUUUACACACACCAACCGAGAGCAGAACAAUCUUGUUUAAAACUUGUUGAGACAUCAUGUCAAAAACCAUACACAAGGAAAGUGCAUCAAAUAAUCUAUAGGUAAAAAAGAAAGUAGUAUAGCAAAAGAAAAAAAAAAACAAAAAAGGAAACUGAAUAAAAAAGAAGUUAGGAAUCGCGCGAUAGAAACAAAUGUGAAACAAAAAAAAACAACAGAAACAAAUGUGUAUGAAUAACCAAUCGAUCUCGAAUGAAGACGUUGCCGUUUACCUAAUGAUACGCGUGUGGUUUGCGUGCGAGCGAGAUUGCGAUAGCGGGAGUGUAAGCGUGUGUUGUUGUUGUAGUGGUGCCGCCUCCGCCGGUCGGGCUCAGUGUGUGUGCGUGUGCGUGCGUGGCUGUGCUUGUAUAGGUGUGGAAUAAAACAAACAAUGAGAUUGUAGAUGACUUCCUCCUUGUGGGAACAACUCUCCCUUCACCGUAGCAACACUGUGUAAAUAGUUUUCAUCAUCAAUCAAGGGUUAUACUUAAGGGGGAGAGAGAUUGUUGCCCGAACCGACCCGUGCGCGCCGAGUGGUUCCGCCCCUCCGGUGUACCGCCUCCUGCUCCUCCUCAUCCUCCCCAUUCACUAGGCCCCGACCCCCAAAGGGGAAAUUGCUCCACUAUAGCUGAACUAAGCGGGGAAUCCACUGUGUAAAUAAACCAUAAUUUGGGAACUGUGUAAAGCUGCUGCUAGUUUUAAGGAACUUGUUUUUAUAUACAUGUAAAACAGUACGCAACAGGAAUUCAUUCAUCUGUUGAACCUAUGUGCAUGAUGUACAGUUAUAGUAGUGAAAAAGUGGGAAAAGGGAAGAUAGGGUUAAACGACCCCACACAACAGUAGCUAAAAUGAAUUAUAAGAAGGAAUCCUCCUUGUAAUACAAUGAUAUGGAGUAUACAUAACAAUUGUGACAAUGAAGCUAGCGAAUGAAAGUAGGUACUUUUAGUUGCUAUUAGUAUUAAUUUUUGUGUCGUACCGAUUACUAUUUUUCGUGUCCAAUAAGCUAUUUAAUUUAUUUAUGAAAAAAUCCCCUCCUUUGCAAGAUAAGAUUAGGUAUGUAGACACUGAAAAUACAGCUAUUGUAAUAAAAGUUAGUGGUCUCUGGAAGGAAUCACACAAACACAAAGUUCCCUUUUCAAUUCAAAAGAAAAGGGAACGCCACAAGUUGACUAUUUUAAAGAGGACAGCGAUGGCUAAAUGAAUCGUAACUAUAAAUGUAUUAUAUCUUUAAAACAGAAAAAAAAGUUAGAUGAUAACGAACGUGCGGCUGCGCACGUGGAAACAAAACAGAAACAGUAGUUGAAUUAAGGAAGUAACAUGAUUAAAAAAAAAGAUAACGCAAACAUUAUCUUCGAGCACGGCUGCACAGGCAGCGAAAGAAAACACAAGUAAUAUAAAGAGAAAGGUAAUUUGUGAAUAUGAGUAAAAAUUCUCUCUUAGUUUCUUAGAACACGUACACUACCCGUCAUAAGUACGGACUCACAAAAAGUAUUGCAACAAUAUUGCAUCACCCUGACUCACCUCGAUAUCUCCAAAACCUGAGGACUUACAAAGAUGCUGUCUUCAGGAAAGUUAUUCAGAAGACCAAAAGCAACAACUUUCCUGAAGGCGGCAUUUUUGUAGGUGUUCUGGUUUUAGAGAUAUCGAGGUGAGUCAGGGUGAUGCAAUAUUGUUGCAAUACUUUUUGUGAGUCCGUACUUAUGACGGGUAGUGUAAAUGUCAGAUAUCAUGUAACAAAACAUUAUUAUUAAAAACCUGGAGAAUUCAACAUAGAGAACGUGAAGAGCAGGGCGAGAGAAGAAAUCCAUUGAGAAAAACGCAAUAUAUUUUUAUUUUUAUUUUAUAUUUAAUUUCAUUUAAAUCUCUGUAAAUUAUGGAAAAUUUACGACAAAAAUCAAUAUAAAUAAAUUAUUCUUAAAAAUACAUAAUUGAAAAAUAAUAAUUAAACAA